GAAAGCCAAGGAUGACCACAAAAUGGCCAUAGGUGCCAUCUCUUCCUUGCAAAGACAGAUGGAGAUCCAAGAAUCUGAGCUUCGGAAAAUCAGAUCUGAAAAGGAAUUGCUCCAGAAGCAGCUCAGAGAGAGGGAAGUCCAGCUCCAAGCUGUGUCUGACAAGUUUUGCAGCCUGACAGAAGAACAGAGGCAGGAAGAAGCGGUGGUGAUGAUGGAGGAGGAGAACCAAAACCUUCAACAGGUUGUUACAGAACAGGAACUCCAGCUGGCUGAGCAGAACAAGCUCAUCAGUGAGCUACAGGGGACAAUCAGCCAGCUGCAGGCUGAGGUUGUGACCACCCGCCUCCACCUCCUGGAGCAGAAACAGGCCCAGAAGGAGACCCAGAGCCAGUUUGAGGCACUGCAGCACACGGAGCUGCAAACCAGAGUGGCACUGGAGCUCAUCAGCAGCAAGUUUGAAAGGUAUAGAAACAAAAUAAUCCAGGCUACAUUCAGCGUGGAGGGCAUCCAGGACCCCCAGGGCGAGCUCACGGAUGAUGAAUUGCUGGAGGCAAUGCAGAAACUCUUUAACGAGCGGACGGAGUUCCAGCAGAUGCUGAAGAACAAGAGCAGCAGGACAUCCCUGCUCAGCAGUGGCAGCAGCACAGCAUCACCAGCAAGGAGAAGGAAUUCCUCCAGGAUGGAAAAGCUCUGAUGGCUGAGCCAAAACCCAUCACCAGCUGAGGCUCUGGGCUCUCAGCUCGGAGCUGGUGCCUUACAAGAGAUUAAACUCAUUUUA